CCCUGAUUCACACUUACAAGUGAAAAAGAAAGAUAGGAAGAAAGAUGAAUUUGAACAGAAAACAGUUGCUACUCAGAUUAAGAACAGUGUAUAUUUAUCUACCUGCAUUAUAUUCUAUUCUGUCAUGCUGUUGGAAUAAGACUGGGGCCCAGCCCCCACCUUACAGCAUUGCACUGGAGAGUCAGCUGAGAGAAGAACUGUUCACGGGGUACUCGGUGCUACAGAGACCGUCCCAAAUCGUAGAUGUCUUCAUGGACUUCUCUCUUCUGACCGUCAACGACCUGAACAUCAAAGAUCAGACUUUCUCGGUAUCGGCGUUGCUGUCUCUGGUAUGGAUUAAAAUCAAAUCUCUUAAAUUCCUAGUCAUGGAUAGACAGUAG